AUGGCUGAACAAUUAGUUCUUAAGGGAACAUUAAAGGGACACAAUGGCUGGGUAACACAGAUAGCCACCAAUCCUCAGAUCCCAGACAAGAUUUUAUCCGGUUCUCGGGGUAUGUAACUCACUGAUUCUAUGUUGUAUUUUGGUGUUGGGUUGGUAGUUGUACGAAUGAUUACCCGUGAUCUCUAGCCGAAACAUUGCUUCCUCCAUUUGUGGAAAAUUUUAAGUUCACAAUCAUCUUUAUCGCCAAUACUUAUUAUUUCUAUGGGUAACCAAAUGAUUAGUGCACUAUCAGCCAACAUUUAGGAAUCACAACUGCACUUCUAUUAGUUGAAUCAGAACCAUUAAAUACUCACUCAAAGGUUAGCUUGUAUUUUUACAGCUGAACACGAUAUAGUGGUAUAAUACGUAUACAGUUAUGUCAGAUCUUAGCUAUCCUUGAGGGAAAAAAUAUUUGUUUUUUGAAGGGCAGCUCUCUUUUAUGAUUUAAGCUAAAUUGUUGACUAGGAGGUGGGAAGAUAGGUUUAAGACAACAUCAGCUGUGACAUGGCACAUGUACUUGGGCAUCAGAUGAAAUCAGCUUGUUGCUGUGUAGUGUUUAACUUCAUGUAAAAUUCCAAAUGAUGUGUAAUGAGUUUUUGUGUUGUCUUGUUUUCUGAAUGUAUAUUUCAAAGUUAUUUUUACUUAAUAUUACAGUAUUACUGUAUUUUCUUAUUGUGUCUGAAAGAAAAUGUAAGUUUAAAAUUGACUCAACCUGAAAUUCAUGUUAAAAAAAAUUCACGAAACUGUAUGAUAAAAUGCAGGCUUAAGCUAUCACAUGUACAGCGAGUAGCUUGUAACUGGCUGUCACUAUUCAUUGCAUUAUUCUGAGUGUUACACACAUUUGGAAAAUGUUUUGAAGAUAAGGAGACAAUCUUUCUUCGUCUAAAAUGCUAGAAAUACACACACUUGGAGAAAUAAGAGAGAGUAAAUGGUAAAAGAACUAAACCACUCUACAACUCUUAAAGAUUGGAAUACAAGAACUGAUUGCAAUUCUCAUCUUUGAUUACUGCCAGUGUAUUGAUGUAAGCUCUGUGUGUCUUAGAUAAACAACUCAUUGUUUGGAAACUGAAACGUGAGGAAACCAACUAUGGCGAACCUGAGAGAUCUCUCACUGGUCACAAUCACUUUGUAUCUGAUGUGGUCAUGUCAUCUGAUGGUCAGUUUGCACUCUCUGGCUCAUGGGAUAAGUGCAUGAGAUUGUGGGAUCUUAAUGCGUAAGUCUUGUCUAAUUUCAAACUUCAUACUUAAGAAGGUGUAUGCUUCAGAAACCAUAGUACUAUAAAGAUGUAUAGAUUUAUCUCUUAUCAUGUUUUGAGACUUGAGAGAGCAAUCUAAUCAUUUGCAAAUUUUCUUCAAAUAUUCCAAAAAACUAACUAUGGUUGGUGCCAUUUUGGGAAACAAAAAUUUUGGUGAUCAAGCUGCACAGCUAUCAAAUGGCAUAAACCAAACUUACUGCUCACCAAUAUAUGUUUUGGUGGUUACCACAGAAAGUCAUUACUUGAGUAAAUAAUUGCCACUUUGUGUAUUUAUUUAUGAUUUAAACAGAUGGGAGAGAGAUGGAAAUGACAGGAGUGAGAGUUGUAAAGCAACAGUCCCAAUGGUGGUGUCCAUAGUUAAAUUUUUAGCCCAAUUGAAGACAACUUUUGAAACCUUAGAUGACAUUUAAUCUCGAAAUGCAGUCAGUGUCAUAAUUUCAUGUGAAAUUUUCACUGCCAGAUAUAGAAAAAUUUUUGGUUUGGGGUUCUUAGUUUAUUAUUAUUUAUUUUUUUUUUUUUUUUUUUUGAAUGUAUUUAAAUAUUUUUUUGUCAACUUUGUUGUUCAUUAGUGGCACCACCACUCGCCAGUUUGUUGGCCACACCAAAGACAUUUUGAGUGUUGCAUUCUCUGCUGACAAUCGCCAGAUUGUGUCAGGAUCCCGUGAUUGCAAUAUUAAGUUAUGGAAUACCCUGGGUCAAUGCAAGUAUACUAUUCAGGUGUGUGCAAGUUAUCAUGACUUGGUGUAAUUCCAUCAUUUGUUCUACUAUGGUUUCUCUUUUGUCAAGCUAAGUGCUAAGUACAUAAUGAUGAAAUUGAAAAAUGUGAGCAUCAACUUUAAACAAAGAGUUGAAAUUAAACAACAACAGACGCCAACUCAAAGUUGACUAUUUACAAGAAAAUUCAUAUUUGUCUUGGUUUUUUAUAAUUAUUUGUUCUUUAUAACAGGAUGAGGGACACACUGAAUGGGUAUCUUGUGUUAGGUUCUCGCCAAACUCAACAAAUCCCAUCAUCGUUUCUGCUGGCUGGGACAAAGUUGUGAAGGUAUUUCUCAAAUAUGCUUUCUUCAAAACCCAAAUACUUUACUUAGAGUUCUGUCAUCUUUUCACUCUCAAGUCAAAAUAUUACUUAUCUACAAUUUUUUUGAUACAUUUUUUUUCCUUUCUUCCCAUCACUUUCCCCUGAAACUGUGUCAUUAUAGUACAUGUACGAAGUACUUCCUCUGUGGUCAUUCCUGGGAUUGUAAGGGGUAUCUCAAAUAUUUGUUAGUUCCUAAAUAUAUCUAGCUCACAACCAUAGCAGUAUAUUUCUGUAAAACAUGAUUUAUAAUUAUAGAACUAGUCUGAUUUUUGUUUAUCUUUUUGUGAUCCUUUCCUCUGAGAGUGGCAAUUAAACUUCUGGUUAGAUCAGCGCCUGAGUGCUAUUUUGAGAAAAACCAAAUUCUUCCCAUCAAGUUACAAUGAAAUGUGAAGCAGUAAGCAAGGGAGGAUCACAAAUAAAACUUUUUGAUUGGGGUAAAGGCUGAAAGACUGACUAAACAUUUCUGGAACAAAGGAAAUACAACCAGUUUGAUAAGAUAAUUUGAAUCUGGGAAAUUCAAUUUGGUUGAAACUAAUAAUGCAAAACCCUCAGUAUCUCAAUUAGAAUUUCCUCAGGACCUUUAGGUCAGGGGUAUUUCAUUGUAUGCUAUAUUCUCAGCAGGAAGGGAUUCAAGAGUGUCGUGUGAAUUAAUGAACUGCUUUUAUUAAUUCCUUCAAGGUUUGGAACCUGACCAAUUGCCGUCUCAAGACAAACCAUAUCGGACACACUGGAUAUCUUAACUGUGUCACUGUAUCACCUGAUGGCUCUCUGUGUGCAUCUGGUGGUAAGGAUGGUAUGGCCAUGCUGUGGGACUUGAACGAGGGAAAACACCUGUACACACUUGAUGGAGGUGACAUUCUGAAUUCACUGUGUUUCAGCCCCAACAGAUACUGGCUCUGUGCUGCCGCAGGACCCAGCAUUAAGAUUUGGGUGAGUAGCAUAUUGCUUACAAUAGGCAAAAAGUAGUUAAAGGGAGAUUUUCAGAGUUGCUUGGAGCUACAGAAGUUGGGAUAAAGUUUUAGUAGUAUGAAAAACCCUGAACUUUCCUUAUGGGUAUUGAAGAAGAAUUUGUUCUAAUUAUUUCUUUAAGGAUUUGGAAGGCAAGUCCAUUGUGGAUGAGCUGAGACCAGAUGUGAUCAGCAUGGGAGGCAAAGCCCCACCUGCCAACUGUAUCUCCUUGGCAUGGUCAGCUGAUGGCCAGACUCUGUUUGCAGGUUACACUGACAACUUGAUCCGUGUGUGGCAAGUCACUCGCGUUUAA